AUGAGCACUGCAAACCCCGAAAGUACGACUACUACCAAAGGCAAGCGGACGAACUCCUUAGCCUUCGCGCAGACUGACUGCCAUACAUGCGCCUCGUCCGGCGAACACUGUGACCGUCGCCGCCCGAAGUGCUCGACGUGCCUUCGCCAGGGCCGGCGGUGCGAUGGCUUUGUGACGCCGCUGUCCUGGGAUCCGCGGCGGAUGAAGACGGACGACAGUGCUGUCCAUCCUCUCCCCGCAGACCUGUCCAUCAUGAACAACAGUACCCCACCCCAGCGCUUCCAGUUUGACCCAUUCAUGACCGAGGCAUCAGACACGACAGCCCCCGCGGUACUGCCCCGCACACCUCCAGCCCUCCUCACUGGCGACGACUCCGUCCACCCCGUUGACUCCGUCCCGCAAGAUGAGGUUCACAAUGACGCGCUGAUGUCAUCCGCGGAGGCAUUCCCACCAGGUCCGGUGGAUCAGAGCUGUCCGCUCGCCAGGCAAAGCACGGCCGUCCACAUCCUCUCCCCUCGGAUUGCGGCCCCGCGCCCCGCGAUCCUGGAUACGAGCAUCCCCAAUCAGCACGAGUGGCUUCUCGAACUAUACGACUCGAAAUUCUGCGUCCUGCCAUUGACGGGGGACACCACCCUCAACCCCUUCAGAUGCAAGCGCCAAACCUCGCAGGGCUCGCGCCUCCUCUUCCAUUCGAUCCUGGCUCUAUGCUGCCAGCACCUGAAGCGGCUGACGGGGAGCAGCUGGUCGAGCGAAGCGGCCGAGCAUCGCCGGAAGGCCGCCCAAUUGCUCGAUACGGCGCUGCAGCAGGGGCGCCAGCACGCAGGGAGCGUCAAUAACCUGCAUCUGCUGGAGCCAAUCUUGAUUCUUUUUACUUUGGAUUGCACCCUCUCCGCGUCCGGAACAUGGGCCACGCAUCUCCACCGCGCGCAUUCCAUGCUCGAGGCCGCCGGCGGUCCCGGUGCGCUCAUCAGCCCGCGGAUCCGAUCGCAGGUCGGAAUGCUGAUCUGGUGGGACGUGACCCUCGCCCUGAUCUCGCGGCAACGCCCGAUCAUGCGCCAAGCGUACCUGGACCACCUUAUCCUGUGGGAAGCGCAAGACGCGUGGUCGUUCUUCGACCUCACGGGUUGUCCAGGGUACCUGAUCGCGCGGCUGUACCACCUUGCCGAGCUGGUGCAGCAGAGCGAGAUCGCCGCGUCAAUGAAGUGGCUCAGCUUCGAUCGCACGCCUGUUCUCGCGAUUGAGCGGGAGAUCCGGGCGUGGAUCAACGAGCACGAUGCCUCCUUUUGUUCCGCGGACGACGAGGCAAGCGAACCUGAGGAGGUGGAAAGUCCCGCUGAUGCUGUCGAGGAAGAGAAAGAGUUCAACCGCCGGCAGGAUGCGUUUCACUGUGCCGAGGCGUGGCGCUGGACCUUGCUGCUGUACAUCGAGUCGGUGUUCCGGCGGGAUUGGACGAAGACGCCGACGCGGCAGCGAGGCCGUGUGGGACUGCGUCGACCGGUUCGGAAAAUCGUCGACCACACGCGGUGUUGUCGACGGUCGUCGCAGACGCAGAAACAGCUGCUUCUGCCGGUGUUUCUGGCCGGGAGCGAGACGCUGGAUCCCGAUCUGCGGGAGUUCGUCACGGACUACUGCGCGUAUUGGAGCGAGAAGAGUCAGUAUAGCAUGUUCGAUAGUGUUCCGGUGCUGCUGAGGGAGAUCUGGGCGUCCGGGAUGUGGUGGGGCGCUGUUGUGGAUAGUAAGACGAAAGGUGGGCAGGAGGAGGCGCGACAGGGGCAGCAAGGGGCUACAGCGACGCAGUUCUUGUUUGGGUAG